CCUAAGAUCAGCUGAUCAGGUCUGGUGCGUUUCCUGUGCAUCCCACCCAUUGAUAAACGUCUUAGAGUCGCUGGGCUGUGUUUUUUUGGUUUCUCAUAACAAGCGAUCAAGAAGAUACUACAGACAGGGUAAGGACUGAGGCAUUUUUUAUAAAAGAUGGCUGAGACAGAAGAGCGGACUCCCCCUCAGAUUGGGCCUGCGCAAUUCUUACUGAGUAACAAACUGGAAACAGCUAUGUGGCUGUCGCGUCUCUUCACCGUCUACUGCUCCAUCAUGUUCAUUCUUCCUCUGCUUGGGCCUCUGGCAGCUGCUAAUUUCUAUCAGAGGGCUUUGUUGGCAAACGCCUUGACCAGCGCGCUGCGCCUGCACCAGAGGCUGCCUCGCUUCCAGCUCAGCCGAGCCUUUCUGACUCAGGCUUUGCAAGAGGACAGCUGCCAUUAUCUCCUGUACUCACUCAUCCUAGUCAACUCCUACCCCAUCACCAUGAGCAUAUUCCCUGUUUUCCUAUUCUCGCUACUUCAUGCCACCACUUAUACUAAGAAAGUUCUUGAUACAAUGGGACCUAACAGUCUCCAGUUUGUGAGGAACUUUCUAAACAAGCUCACAGCCAAUCAGCAGAACAUCCUCAAGUUCAUUGCCUGCAAUGAGAUCUUCCUGAUGCCUGCCACUGUCUUCAUGCUCUUCAGUGGCCAGGGCAGUUUGCUGCAGCCCUUCAUUUAUUACCGCUUUCUCACAUUGCGUUAUGCCUCCAGGCGAAACCCCUACUGUCGGACCCUUUUCACGGAGUUAAGGAUUCUGUUGGAGCACUUUGUGAUGAAGCCUGCCUGCCCUGCCUUCUUCAGGAGAAUGUGCCUCAACAGCAUUGCUUUCAUUAGCCGCCUAGCGCCUACAGGAGUCUAACCACAUCUUGUCUUCACCCUUUCAGUCACCAACAUCCACCCUCCACAAACAUUCACUGUACACACACACACUCCUACAAAGUGACUGGGUAGGAGGGAAUUGAUCCAAGGUAGAUUCCUAAGCAGGCUGACGAAGUCUCUGAAUGGCCGGAAGUAGAUUUUCUACCGAUCUCUUCUCCUGCGUAGAAAGCGGUUCCUAUUUGGGAGUGAUUCCACUGAUCCAAAUGGCUGCAUCUGUACACACAGUGGAAAAGAGCAGCAACAGUAGACUCUAGAUGACAUGUCUUUGCACCCACGUGCAUCAUAAAGUUGGUACAGCUCUUUUCAGUGCUUUGGAAGAAUUAUUUAAAUGGUCAACAUGAAUGUGUUCCUUCUUGGGCUAGGAUUAAUCACAAAAUAUUUAAGCUUGAGUUGGAAUAAAAAAAAUGACAUGCAUGUUAGAUUCUCAUCCAGGGAGAGUUAAAAAAUAUUUCUGUUUUUGGAAUUGUAUGGUAUGGGAUUACUUUAAAUGUGGGUUAAUUUUUAAAACAGUAGCAAGUUGGUUGUGAUGACCUUUUAAACAAUGGGAGAGAAGUUAGUUUGAUCACUUAUUAAAAGACCAAUUAAGUUCAA